AAAGCCAAACCGAGGCUUUCUGAGAAAGUGGGGCCAAACCUGGUGCUGUCUGACUGCCAGGUGGCUCAUUAUUUAUCCCUGUAAAACCCUGCAAAAGUAUUUGAAAGGGAAGAAGGGACAGAAAACUCCCUCCUUUUCCAAGUUAGCCUUAUAGUCUAGGGCUUAAAAUACUGGUUUAAUGGUGAAGGUAAGUGCUUUUCUUCUUUAUGGGUAGAAGGAUAAUUACUAACUUACCAAAGGUCCAUUAAGGGGAGGGAACAGUUUUAGGAGAAGUCAGAGAAAAGACAUUAACAGCAACAUAAGGAUCUCCAUCUGGUAAUAUUGCCUAAUUCCAAAAUGAAGAGACUUUCUGAAAAAGAUAACUGAUUCAAUCAAGACCCUAGGGCAAGGCUUGAGAAGCCACUGGUUUACCAAUGGACACUGUGGACAAUGGUCAUUUCUCCAAGGACGCUAUAAAAGACUGUUGUAGUAAAAGAGAUUCAGGGCACAGGGAAACUCCACCACAAAGCGUGGUACCAUUUCCCACAGAAGCUAAAUGGACGGGAAGCCUGCCACCAGGAAAGGUCCAGAUUUCUGUUCAUUACGCUAUGGGCUGGCUCUUAUCAUGCACUUCUCAAACUUCACCAUGAUAACCCAGCGUGUGAGUCUGAGCAUUGCAAUCAUUGCCAUGGUAAACACCACUCAGCAGCAUGCUCUAUCUAAUGCCUCCACUGAGGGGCCUAUUGCAGACACCCUCAAUAACUCCAGCAUAUCCAUCAAGGAAUCUGAUACAAAGGCCUCUGUGUAUCAGUGGAGCCCAGAAACUCAGGGUAUCAUCUUUAGCUCCAUCAACUAUGGGAUAAUACUGACUCUGAUCCCAAGUGGAUAUUUAGCAGGGAUAUUUGGAGCAAAAAAAAUGCUUGGUGCUGGUUUGCUGAUCUCUUCCCUUCUCACCCUCUUUACACCAUUGGCUGCUGACUUCGGAGUGAUUUUGGUCAUUGUGGUUCGGACAGUCCAGGGCAUGGCCCAGGGAAUGGCAUGGACAGGUCAGUUUACUAUUUGGGCAAAGUGGGCUCCUCCACUUGAACGAAGCAAGCUCACCACCAUUGCAGGAUCAGGAUCAGCAUUUGGAUCCUUCAUCAUCCUCUGUGUGGGGGGACUAAUCUCACAGGCCUUGGGCUGGCCUUUUAUCUUCUACAUCUUUGGUAGCACUGGCUGUGUCUGCUGUCUCCUAUGGUUCACAGUGAUUUAUGAUGACCCCAUGCAUCACCCAUGCAUAAGUGUUAGGGAAAAGGAGCACAUCGUGUCCUCACUGGCUCAACAGCCCAGUUCUCCUAGACGUGCUGUCCCCAUAAAGGCGAUGGUCACAUGCCUACCACUUUGGGCCAUUUUCCUGGGUUUUUUCAGCCAUUUCUGGUUGUGCACCAUCAUCCUAACAUACCUACCAACGUACAUCAGUACUCUGCUCCAUGUUAACAUCAGAGAUAGUGGAGUUCUGUCCUCUCUGCCUUUUAUUGCUGCUGCAAGCUGUACAAUUCUAGGAGGUCAGCUGGCAGAUUUCCUUUUGUCCAGGAAUCUUCUCAGAUUGAUCACUGUGCGAAAGCUCUUCUCAUCUCUUGGGCUCCUCCUUCCAUCAAUAUGUGCUGUGGCCCUGCCCUUUGUGGCAUCCAGUUACGUGAUAACCAUUAUUUUGCUGAUACUUAUUCCUGGGACCAGUAACCUAUGUGACUCAGGGUUUAUCAUCAACACCUUAGAUAUCGCGCCCAGAUAUGCAAGUUUCCUCAUGGGAAUCUCAAGAGGAUUUGGGCUCAUCGCAGGAAUCAUCUCUUCCACUGCCACUGGAUUCCUCAUCAGUCAGGAUUUUGAGUCUGGUUGGAGGAAUGUCUUUUUCCUGUCUGCUGCAGUCAACAUGUUUGGCCUGGUCUUUUACGUCACAUUUGGGCAAGCAGAACUUCAAGACUGGGCCAAAGAGAGGACCCUCACCCGCCUCUGAGGACAUAAAGUUACAAACUUAAAUGCAGUACUGAGCAUGAACUUUUUAAACAUUUUUUACUUAUCUUCAUAUUCUUGACCAUAGACUCAGCAGUUCUUAACUCUCGCUGUGUGUUAGUCUUCCCUGGGGAGCCUUUAUAAGAUACUGAUGCCUGGGACUCACUCCAGAGAUUCUGAAUGAAUUGGUCUGGGGUGGAACCCAGAUACCACUAAUUUUUAGAUACUCCUUAGAGGUUUCUAGCAUGUACCUGGGGUUGACAACAGCUGGACAAACUUGAAAAUCCAUGUGGCCUUUGAAUUUUCCUCAUUGGAAAGUACUAAAUAAAUAAAAAUUCAUGUGAAAAUGAUCACUGAUAAAUAUCUUCAUAGUGGGGCAGGUUAUUGGAUACAGAGAAGAGCUGCUCGGAAUUGUAACCAUAUGUUACAGAUCUCAGCACCCAUCAGAACUGUAAAGCUAUAAUCCCCAGAAUUAAAGUUUUUAUUAUUUUUUAUACAUUGUAAAACAUGGACGUUUAUUUAUGUGGUUAAAUUCUAUUAAAAUUUACAUGCUAAAAUAAAA